AAAUUACUAUUCCUAAAGCUAUUUAAGACUGAGCUAACCCACCUCCAAACUACUUUGCGAUAUCUGAUAUCGGUGGAAAGUCUCGCAGGAGCACACCGCUAAUCUUCGUGAAUAUUAAAUUCACAUUUAUUAGAUAAUAUUCUGUUAAAUACCCCUUAUAUACCAUCGAUAAGUACAGAGUUUAUAUCUGCUGCGGUGGGUUAGUCGCUCAAUACAUAUGGCAGGCAGUAUUUUAAUCACUGGAGCCAAUGGUACCCUCGCCAUUCCAGCUGUAGAAUACCUGCUUAAGAAUUACCCAGACCAUACGGCACUCUUAACAGUCCGGGAUCUUUCGGAUGCCGACCCCAAUACGAACAAGUUACGAGAAGUAAUAUCGCGAUAUCCAGGAGCAAGGGCAUUCACUUAUCAACUCGACCUGACGAGUCUUUCUGACACCCAUCAAUUCGCGAACACGCUUUCGAAAUAUAUACAGACUAACCAAAUUCCGCCUUUAAAGAGUAUCUUAUGCAAUGCAUGCUACUGGGACCUUGUCGCUGAUUCUGAGCUUACGGAGGAUGGAUACGACAAGACAUUCCAGAUAAACCACAUAUCACACGUGGCUCUAGUGCUUAAACUUCUCGACAGAUUUGCAUCCGAUGGUGGCCGCAUCGUGUUGUUCUCCAGCGAAGCUCACAGUCCUGGUAGAGCUAUAUUAGAAAAGAUACCACCUGCAAUCCCUGAUGACAUCGAUUUACUCAUCAAGCCAGCUGUAUAUGCCGACAAGGCCGCAGGUGGGUUCCAUAGAUAUGGGAAUUCCAAGCUUGUCAUCACAUCCUGGACGCACGCAUUUAAUAGAUACCUGGAAAAGGAUCCCGGUCUUCAGAACAUUACAGCUGUGGCCUAUAACCCGGGUGGUCUUGUAGAUUCACGUAUAUUCGACAAGAACACGUCUCUAACGCUAAGUCUCCUAAUGCGAUAUAUCAUACAGCCGUUACUACCAUUAAUGCGGUAUGCAAACCCACAAAUGCGCCUGGGAGCUGAAUCUGCCGUAGAUGCUAUUGAGCUUGCACUUGAUCACAUAUAUCCGGGUGAAAGGGGCUAUUUUGAAUUAUUACAGAAGGACGAAAGCUCUCCAGAAAGUCGAGAUGAAGUUAAACAGGAGAGAUUAUGGGUCAAAAGCGCCGAGUGGGCAAAUAUAACCAAAGAGAAUACAGCCCUUCGAGCAGACUUCAAGUAGCCAUUUGUUGCAGUCCUAGAAUACCUACAAUAUAUUACUUUGCACUCCGAGAGAUGCAAUGUUAUUUAUGCAAUUUUAAUUUCCC